UAAAUAAACUUUGCUAAAUGAAUGCUCUUUAUUUCCCAGAAAAUGUCAAAGAACUCGAAUGAUUGCUAAAAAUGCCUCAAUGAAAGAAAGAAGGUACAAAAUCUGAAGAAAUCUCUCCUAUUACAAAGGACAAGCAAUUAGACUUCUCCCACACCUUGAAAGAAACGAAAGACUUAAAAAUAUCUUCAAAAAGAGGGUUUCCUAUCAGCUGAUCAAGCCAAGAGGAAUGAAAUAGUCUUGAUCAAGUAAAAAUGUACCAGAGUGCUCUCACACCUAAUAAGGCACCUAAAAAUAAGCUUAGAAGAAUGGAAUGGAGGCUAAGAAGGCUUCAAGUAAUUGACGACUUCUAAAUUAUUUAAAGUACAUUAAUUCCUUGUAAUUUUUAA